UCAUUUAAAUGUCUUAGCAUUAUUUUUAGGGUUUUAAAUUUUUUGUUAUAAAAUGUUAUCUAAAGUAUUGAAAACUAUAAUUAUAGGUCCCCCAGGUGCGGGAAAAGGGACCAUAUCAACUAGAAUUGUCAAAGAUUUUGGCAUGAAACACUUAUCAAGUGGUGAUAUUCUGAGAAAACACAUAAUGGAAGGCACAGCAACUGGACUUGCAGCUAAACACCAUAUAGAUAAAGGUGAAUUGGUUCCUGAUAGAGUAAUGGUAGACAUAUUUAUUACAGAACUUCGACACUUACAUAAUCACAGUUGGUUACUGGAUGGAUUUCCUAGAACAGUGAAGCAAGCAGAAGCAUUACAUAGAGUUGAGCCAGUUGAUCUAGUAAUCAAUUUAAAGGUACCAUUUGAAGUUAUCAUGGAAAGAAUAUCUAAUAGAUGGACACAUAUAUCUAGUGGUAGAAUAUAUCAUUCAGAAUUUAACCCUCCUAAAGUAACAGGUAAAGAUGAUGUAACAGGUGAAGAUUUAAUACAGAGAGAUGAUGAUAAACCUGAAACAGUUAGACAACGCUUACAAACAUUUCAAAAUAUGACAGAAAAAGUCCUUGAUUUCUAUAGGGAACGUGAUCUGUUAACAGAAUUUCAAGGGAGUGAAUCAAAUGAAAUCUGGCCAAGAGUUCACAAGUUUUUAUCAACUAUCAAGACACCAUUACAUUAUACAGAAUACAAGUAAAAUAUUGUUCAGAAUUAAUUUAAAGUUCUUAUUAAGUUUAAUUUAUUAAUAACAAUAUUUCA